AUGGUGAACAUUACAGCAACAGUCGAGGAUACUGAUCAGCUAAUUCCAAUUGAUAUUAGUGGCGAUCUUUCACUUUUAGACUUCAAAGCUUAUAUUAGUGCUGAAAGUGACAUCGAACCAAAUGAUCAAAUCUUAAUUUUAAAUGGUAAAGAAUUACAAGGUGAUAGUAAAACUCUAUCUCAGUUGAACUUUACAGAUAAUGAAAUGUUGAUUGUCAGAAAUAAGAACUCAAUCAAAAAUACACCAUCAAAUUCAGCCGCAAUUUCUAAUCAAUCUCAAGAUGCUAUGGAUCAACAGACUGAACAAUUAAGACUACAACUUUUAAAUAACCCACUAGCAAGAAGACAAAUUACAACUCUAAACCCAGGUAUUGAGAAUGUUUUGGAUGAUCCAGUUCAAUUUAGAGAAGCUGUGAAAUCAACUUUAGUACAACAUGAUCAAUCGAAUUAUCCUGGUGGAGUUUCUCAAGAUGAAUGGUUACAACUGCAAAGUGAUCCAGAUAAUCCAGAAAACCAAAGAAGAAUUUUAGAGUUGAUUGAGCAGGAUCAAAUUGAAGAGAAUAUGAGAAAUGCUUGGGAAUUAACACCUGAAAGUUUUGCCAGUGUUUCAAUGCUUUAUAUUAAUGUUGAAGUUAACGGUCAUCCAAUUAAAGCAUUUGUUGAUUCGGGUGCACAAUCUACGAUUAUAAGUACCAAGUUAGCUGAAGAAUGUAAUAUUUCAAGGUUAAUCGAUAGAAGAUUUAGAGGUGAAGCUCGUGGUGUUGGUAGAACAGAAAUUUUAGGUAGAAUCCAUAGUGCUCCAUUAAAAAUUGAGGAUCAAUUUGUCCCAUGUAGUUUCACAGUUUUGGAUACUGGGGUUGAUAUGCUUUUAGGUUUGGAUAUGCUAAAAAGACACCAAGCAAAUAUUGAUUUGAAAAGAAAUGUAUUAGUGAUUGCAGAUGUUGAAACCCCGUUUUUAGGAGAUGCUGAAAUUCCAAGUAUGUUUAAUCCUUCAGGAACAAUUGGCCAACAAUUGGGCGGUGGACCUUUACCCUCUUCUAAUAAUCAAACAGCAACAGCAACAGAACCACCAUCAUCAUUGAAUAGACCAUCAGCAGCAAAUGCAGCAGCAAAUGCAGCAGUAACAAGAAACAACCAAACUAGCUCUUCCUUUUCUGCAGGGAAUCAUCAAGCAUCAAGACCAAAUUUCGAUGAUGCAGUGAUAACCAACUUGAUGGGAUUGGGAUUUUCAAGAGAUCAAGUAAUAAGAGCAUUGGAUCAAACUGGUGGAAAUGCUGAACUGGCUGCUUCCAUACUUUUUUCAUAA